UUCCUUCUUCUUCUUACGUUUACAAAAAAACCCAGGCUUCUUCUUCGUCGUCGUCGUCCCCAUAACCACCACCAUCACCAACUUCUUCUUCUUCUUCUCCACCAUCAACGUCGACAUUAUUUCGAGAACUAAGAAAUUCAUAAACACCAUCUUCUGAAUCAACUCCAACAACAUAGAUGCCUCUAAAAUUCUCAAUUCAAACCCGUAAAGAUCAAAUAGUCUGUUUAUUCCGUGAGGACGAGCACCGAAGGACCUAAAACUCGAAGCAAAGGAAAGAGGAAGACUUCCGAAUUAAGAACGAAGAACAAGCACGAUGUUAAUGUCCAUGUGGAUAUCGCAAAUCAGCGAGUGGAAAAUCUAGUCAGUACAAAGGAAGUAAGUAAAGUGUUUCGAUCAAGUUUUUUACCCACAAUGACUCUACUAAAUUCAUUGACAAUAACAUCAAAGCAGCAGGAAGUGUUGAUGAAGACUGAAUUUGGGCCUAUGAUUGUUGCACUCAAAGAACUAGAUAAGACGGAAUAUUGGAAAGCACCCAAAGUUUUAGAUUACAUCAUUAGUAGAUUUGUUAAAGACAAUACUUUUAACAUUGCUGGUGAAACUUUAGAGACAAGUGCAGAUAAACUUGCCGUCAUAUUUUUAAUGAAGAGAUUCAAGAUGAGUAAAGCAGAUAGAGAAAGGUGUGGGCCAAAGGAUGAUCCUAUUCUUAGAGAUUCUGAGUUUUACAAGAGAGUAUUUCCUAGCUGAAGAAAAUAUUGAAGAAGAUGAAACUGAAGAAGCUAAGAAGAAGAAGAAGCAAAAGAAGAAGAAUGUUGAACAAGAAGAUCAGAACAUGAAGCCAGAGAAGAAGAAAAGUGAAGUGAAACUUGAGAAAAAACGCAUCUAUGAAGGAAUAAAGCAUGUUGCUGAACAGGAAGGCAAAGAAGAAGAUUUUGUGAAGCUUUUGGUGUUAUACAUGUUCGGCACAUUGUUUUUUACGAACUGCAAUGCCACGUACAUUCACUAUAAGUAUCUGAAUUGUGUGCAGUCAGUCGAUACAAUGAAUAUGAUAUCAUGGCCUGACGAAAUCCACGAGCAUCUGAUGGAAAGCAUUGCUUCGGUAACAAGAAAUAAAAGUAAAACAAAAACUGUGACUGGUUGUACCGUGUAUCUUUUGCUUUGGUUUCUUGAACAUGUUAGAAACAUCAAAAGGAAACCAAACACCGACAACUUACCAAGGUUCGCUAGGUGGAACUUGUAUGACGGAUCAUCCGAACUUGAAGGCAUGUUGGAUAGUCUUUCUAAAGAAAAAGUUAGUCAAGAAUUUGUGGUUGCUUUUACUGAUGAGGAAAAGAAGCUUGGUCUUUUUGAACAAAGUGAGGUUCAAACUUUGAAAGCUGAAGUACAAGAGUUGAAAAAUGAAGUUAAAGUAAAGGACAAGAUAAUUUUUGAUUUGAAUGGUGCAAUUGAAGCAUUGAAGAGUCGGAUAGAAAUGUUGAGAGAGAAUCAGUCCCCGCGAAAACCACUUCUUAGCGGUUCUCCACUUCCAGUUGUUAUUUACACCCCUACGACUUUCAAUCUGAACGUGACUCAAGAGAUGAAAAAAGUGGUUACACCUGAAGAACCGGUAGUCGGAAACAUCCAAGUGGAUCCUGUAGCCGAAGAACCAGUAGCAGAAGUACCUGUAGUCGAGGAACCUAUAAACGCAGUACAUUUAGCUACAGUGAAUGAGAUCGAUUCCAUUGUGAGAAAUGUGAAGCACACUUAUGCUACAAGGAAGAAGAUAAUUUUUGACGGUUUUGUUACAGGUGAACUGAAAAAGCAAAAGACUGAAUAAAAGAUGAAGAAGUUGACGAAGAUAAACAUAUUGUGGCAUGAUUACUCAACUCAAGAGACGAAACAGAAUGAAGUAAAGUUGAUCCAAGAGUACUACAAGUCUGCAAAGUUAGGCGACUACGUGUGGAAGUGCUUGGAAGGUACUUACAGAAUUUUCAUUACAGGAGAAUACAUACAACAGAUGUUGUUCAACCAGUCGUUGGACAAUGAAAUCAUCGAGUUCAAGAUGCAUAAGUGGAUGCAGAAGUUUGAAAGCACAAGCGAUUCAGAUGGAAGUCUCCCGACCGUCUUUCUCAGCACACUUGCAUGGGUUAGUCGAAACUUUGUCGUUGAGUUCACUGACUACUGAUCUUGUGUCUUUAGUUCAAUGUAACCAUAGAUGAUGAAUCAUUGGAGACAAGUAAGACGAUAGAUGAUGUACUUAAGAAUUUGGAUUUCAAGAAAGUGGAUCACUUAUUGAUUCCAAUGAACCAUCAUUGUUCAAUUCCAGAAAAGCCUGAAUAUAAAGAACACUUCACAUUUCUUCACUUUGACUUCCAAGAUCCUACUUGGCGGCAAUACAAUUCACUUGUCGAGUAUACAGGAAGCAUAUGUCUUCAAGAUGCUGAGAUUAUGGAAAGAAGAGUGAACCAGGUGCUUUCCAAAUUUGAUACUCCAAUGGAAGUGGUUGUGAACAAGGUCAAGGUGGAGCUGCACCCAAAUGGAUGUCCACAACAAGAAGAAAGUAGUGAUGAUUCCGGAGUGUAUGUCCUUUAUUUCAUGGAUUGGGUGAUGAAUGGUGGGUUUGAAUUUCCAAGCCAAGAAACUGUAAUGGAGAAGGUGAGGACAGAAAGGGUACAAAUUGUGUAUGAAAUUCUCCAAGAUGAAGGAAGUUGCUGGAAGAAAGAAGACUAGAAAUGUUGUUUAGUUAGGUUCAGAAGUGUUCUUCAGAUCUUGUUAGACAUUUCUUUAUUUGAGU